CGUCUUUCGCCGACCUCCGUCUUGUGAACGACAGUCUCCAUGACGUACCGAUGGAGCACAGUCGGAGAUGGCGGAGGAGCAGGUGGUAGGCCCGAAGCGCGGGAGAUGGCGGCGGCGGCGGCUGUCAAGGGCACGCUCUAUGUGUUUGGCGGCUACGGUGCUACUGCCGGUGAUGGACGGGUGCUGGGCGAUCUGUGGAUGCUGGACCCGGGGCUGGGCACGUGGUCUGAGCUGGCCUGCCCGCCGGAGGCUGCACCGUCGCCGCGGUUCGGUGCGACUAUGGUGGCAGUUGAUGCGGUGUUGGUGGUCUUUGGUGGGUGCGGCCCGCGCAACGUGCUCUACGGAGAUGUCCACAUAUUUGACACGCGGACACAGCUCUGGUCGCGGCUGGCGUCGUCGGGCGCCGGGCCGAGCCCGCGAUGGGGCUGUGGCGGCGCGGCGCUGGGAUCAGGCGAGCGGGUGGUCAUCUUUGGCGGUCUGGGGGGCGACGGGUACUCGAACGAGGUCUUUGCCCUCGAGCCGCAGACUGGGGCGUGGGAGGUUGUAGGCACGUCGGGUGCACCGAGCCCGCGGGCGCACGCGGUGGUUGCGAUGUGGUCGGGUGGGAGCGAGCGGGUGCCGUGCCUGGUGGUUCACGGCGGGUACUCGUCGAGCGAGGGAGUGCUCGGUGACACAUGCGUGCUCAAUCUUGCGACAGGCCAUUGGCGGAUGGUGGAGGUGAGCGCCGAGGCGCGAUACGGACACGUUGGAGUGCUCAUCGGCUCGACACUGAUGGUGCACGGCGGUCUGAGCGCUGCGCGGCGGUCGCCAGUGGCGCUGCUAAGCAAUGCGGUGGCGCUCAACCUCGAGGCACCGUCUGCCGGGUGGGUGCCGGCGUCGGGCGAAGACGAAGACGCGGCCGGGAUUGGGCGAGCGUUUGCGGUGAGUGCUGCGGUUGACUCGACCGGGUAUGUGUUUGGCGGCUACACGGCGCGGGAUGUGCUCUCGGCAGAGACGCUUUCGGUGCGGCUUCCGCCGCCGCCGCUGGUCACGCUUGGACUCGCCUCGCUGACGGCAGCCGGGGCUGCGUCUGCGGCAGUGGCGGUGGCAUCCUCAGGUGGUUCUGGCGGGCGCGGCAGCGCAGCGGGAGCAAAACCAGCGGUGGUCUCCUCGACAGUGGUGCUCAAGUGCAAAUUCAAAGGAGCGUUCAAGCUGCUCCGCAUCGAGAGGACGGAUCCGUUCACCAAGCUACAGACGCAGAUGGACGAGGCGUACAAGACGGCGGUGUACCUUUCAUGGCAGCGGGCGGACGGGACGCUGAUUGAUGUGAUCAACGCAGACGACUUUGCGUACAUGCUUGACGAACACGCGAGCAAGAAGAAGAUCGAUCUCAUUGUCCAGUGCGCGUCUGGGUCCGGGUCUGGGACGUCGGGCGGUGCCGUGCCGGGAACGCCGGACUCGCUGGUGCCUGGGCACGCUGGCUUUCCGCGGGUGUCGUCGCAGCCGACAAUGGGCGGGUCCAGCGGCUCGCCGCGUGCGAGUGUGCCGGCGAGUGUGCCGGCGUCUGGACUCAACGCGUCAAUGCCUGUGAUGGGCGCGACGACGCGUGGGCAGAAGCUGGGGGUGCGGUCGACGGCGGCGAUGCGGAUGUCGCAGCAGGGCCGACCGACGUACGGGCCGUCAGGGACGAUCCACUGGCAGAAGCGCGAGCUUCUGGGGUCGGGCGCGUUCGGCAAGGUGUACCUGGGCAUGAACGAGGCGACGGCGGAGCUGAUGGCGGUCAAGCAGGUGGUGCUCGACAACAUCUCCGAGUCAAACCAGGAAGAGCUGCUGGAGGUGGAGGGCGAGAUUGCGAUUCUGCAGGAGCUCUCGCACAAGCACAUUGUUCGGUACAUUGCGACUGAGCGGGCGACCAACGAGGACGGGCAAGCUGUGCUCAACAUUUUCCUCGAGUACGUGCCCGGCGGCUCGCUGGCCAAGCUCAUCCACAAGUACCCGGUGUCGGAGCGUGUGACGCGAUCAUACCUCAAGCAAGUUCUGCUGGGGCUAGAGUACCUCCACGAGAACGGCAUUGUCCACCGCGACAUCAAGUGCGCCAACAUCCUUAUUGCACCGGCGCAGCAGACCAUCAUCAAGCUCACAGACUUUGGGGCGGACGAUGUCGUCGGCGGCGCUGCACUCGUUCAAGGGCACGCCGUUUUUAUGGCGCCCGAGGUUGUUCUGCAGCAGCCGUACAACUCCCGGUGUGACAUCUGGUCUGUCGGGUGUGUGGCCAUCGAGCUGCUUACCGGGCGGCCGCCGUGGUCCGAGUUCUCGCCGGUUACGGCGCUGUUUAAGAUCGGCAAGUCGAACGACUCACCAAAGUACCCGGAGGGGCUCUCUGCGGCGGGCAUCGACUUUCUCAACCUCUGUUUCCGGCGCGAUCCAAACCAGCGGCCGUCGGCGGCGGAUCUGCUGCAGCACCCGUGGAUUGCAUCUGUGGACGAGGUUGCGGUCCCAUCACCGACGCCUGCGAUGGGCGGGGGACCGUCGGCGAUGGGUGCGAGUGCGACGCCGUCGCCGACCGGGAUGGCGACCAUGGGGAUGAACCCAAUGCAGUCUGUGGGCGGGAUGAACCCGAUGCAGUCUGUGGGCGGUGGGGGCUACCCUGGCCACCACGGUGGCGCGCCGAGUGGGUACCCGGGAGCGGGCGGGAUGCACGGCGGAGUGUCUGUGGCCGGCCCGCCGCCGGCAUCGUCGGCCUUACCGGGCUACCAUCCAGGGUUUUCGCCGCAGACGACGCCGACGUCGAGCUACACGCCUGCAAAUGGGUUUGCGGCAGGGUUUGCGGGCGCAUCACCGACGGCGGGCACCGCAAACCACGCGGUUGGCCCCGGUGGAGUGGCGCUGGGGCAGCAGCCAGCGUUUUCGUCGCCGGCGGACGUGUACUCGCUCGCGCUCUCUGAGCCGGAGCACCUCUCGCCCGAGGCGUUCUGGGAACGGUAUUUUGGGGUUCAGGCGCAGGCGGUGCUGAUGCCAAACUUCCUCUCUGCGCUUCAGGCGUACCUUGGGCUGUCACUCACAGCCGAGCAGCAGGGCUAUCUCAACGAGCUGUUCAACCCGCGCGGGCUUGGACAGCUCACGCUCGAUUCGCUCAAGUAUGCAUUGCAGUGGUUCGGACCGCUGCAUGAGAGCGUGCGGAUCUGCACCGAACUGAUGUCGAACCUCUGGUUCCAUGGAUUUAUCAACAAGGAUCAGACGGCGCGGGUGCUGACCAACGCGGCGCCGGGCGAGUUCCUGGUCCGUGUCUCUGAGUCGACGUCCGGCGGCUUUGUGGUGGCGUACAUCGACUCGCGUGGCGCGGUUAUCCAGUCCAAGCUGUACUCUGCGCCUGGCCGCGGCUACACGGGCGACCAGGGCCACACGUUCUACGACUCGCUGCCGGCGCUCAUCCAGGCGUACUCGGCCAAGCUGCGGAUGGGCAAGCCGCGAAUGAGCUCGGACACGUCGGGCUACACGCAGCUCUCGAUCUGA